UCGGAGACGGAGCCGGUCCGCGGUCCGCAGCGGCCACUCAGUCGUCGAGCGGAUUGCGUCGGCGGCGGUCGGCUCCGCGCCUCGCCUGUCGCUGUCUAGUCUGAUGACCCGCUAUCGCGACAUGCCGACGCUGACACAACUCGAGUGAAUCGCACCGCCCGCGACGUCGCGUUUGCAGUUUAGCACCGGUCGCGCUUCCGUUUCGGGAGUCUUUCGUGAUUUUGCGGCUGCGUUUGCGACGGUCACGACCGCGAUCGUCGAGCUGACGACGUCGUGUUGAAAAUAGCAAAACUUCAGCGGAAUUCAAGCAAUGAAUAAGUGAAAAACAUAAAAUAUAGACUUAAGUUAUCAAGACUGUACAAUAAGUGAACUUUAAAAUGAAUAGGACAAAAGUGAGUCUAUGACAAUGAGGACUAAUAGUAGUAGUUAGUUAAUGUAGUAGCCCUUUAUAGAAUGGGUAUACUUAUGGAAACCACCGAAGCGAAACUGGGCACUGCCGGUUACCGGAGACGUCGCGUGCAGCCAGAACUAUUCGGCGCGAUGGCAGCCCCCGGCGAGUACUACACCGACACACUUCACACCAUCGCCAUCAACACCAGGGAGACAGAAUUCGGCAGCAUCGUCGAGCCGAUACCGAUCACGCUCAAGGCGUACAAACAGCUGCAAGCACAAGGCCAUCCCAUUAACGGCUAUGGGUUCCCGCAGCAACAAAUGAUCACAUCUCUGGUCGCUGCUUCUCGAGUCGCGGAAAUUGAGAGGCCCUCCACAAGCCAGACCUUUAUGCCGAGCCCCAUCAAGGAGGAAGUGAAAGAUACUCAAAAGAUCACCCGCCCACCCCCCAAGAAGAAGUGGAUUAAAGAGUAUCUAGAGGAGGAGCCGAAGUCGCCGCCGGUGUCGGUGCGAAUGGUGACAGAGCUGCCGGUGAAGCCGCGCAGCAACGGUGUUGUCCGGCCGACGUCGCCGGUACCGGUGGCUCCCCCCUGCCCGCCCGUGCCCUCACCCGUCGUCGUUGCGCUCGAGCCGGUCCCUGCGGCCACCGCACCUCCUCCUGCGCCCCUCCUCGACUUCGCACAAGAACAUUCCAGGCCGCGGACGACGAGUAUCAGUCAUGGGCCACCCCCCAUCCCCUCCCCUCCAUCGGUAAGCAGUAACGGCAGUGGCAGCGGUUGCAGCAAUGGCAGCGGCAGUGGGGGCAGCAACGGCAGUGCCCCCCGAGCCGGCACGAGGGAAGUCCACAACAAACUGGAGAAGAACCGUCGAGCACACCUCAAGGAGUGCUUCGAACUCCUCAAAAGACAGCUUCCCACAACACCAGAUGACAAAAAAACAUCCAAUCUGUCUAUACUGGGCUCCGCUAUUAGAUAUAUUCAGGUUUUACGCCGUAAGGAGCGCGACUGUGAGCACGAAAUGGAACGGUUGGCGCGUGAGAAGAUCGCGGCGCAACAGAGGCUUUCCGCCUUGAAAAGAGAGAUCUCGGUCCGAACAACUGUUCGCCCUCGAAGUAUAGAUGCCGUCACCGAAGAUAAAGUCAUAGAAGAUCCCGUGAACGGCCAAGUUUUAGGAAUCCCUCCUAUAAGUAUAUCAGCGUCGCCGCCGCGUUCCAUCGCGCGAAUGGAGACGUCUCCUCCCCGCACUCUAAACCUAAGCACGAAGUUGCGUACGCUGCCUAUACAAAUCACUCCCACCACCUCGCAGGUUGUGCGGACAUCGUACGGCACAAGGCCGAGUACGUUGACGCUCACUACGCUUGCGCCGGCAGAACCUGCUACUCAAAAUGGGCAGACGGUAGAAAACGGCGUGACGAAUGCCCUCAGUACUUUAGUACAUCCAGCUCAAAUACAUCUUCCCAUAUCGCAGGUUGUCGGUAGCAGCGGUCUAGUAGUAGGGUCAGCGGCGCUGCAGCUGUUGUCAACUAGUAGCGGCCUGCGAGUCUUGCAGGCGCCUGUACAUACCAACGGUGUAACAACAACCACCGUUGAAAGUAGGAUAACUAAAGAAAACGGAAUUAUCUCUCCGACGCCUGUUUCCACGACUGCAGAUGGCAGCGUGGUAGUGAGCGGACUGACUCCCCUAGUUGUAUCGCAACCCGCCACGCAUUUGUUACAAACGCACACACUCACGCAUAAGGAGAAGACGUGUAAAGAGUCCCGCGUGCUGCGGGCGCCGCGCGGGGGCCCGUACGUGCGGCCCGCGCGCCCCGCUGGGCCCACGGGCCCCUCACCCGCGGGCCCCGCGCCGCCGGGCCCCACGCUCCCGGCGCAGCCCACGCUGCACGCGGCGUCGCCGAGACACGUUGAUAACUCGUAUAUUAAUUUCCUAGAGAUGGUGGAGACGCAGAUGGUGAAGGGCACGGUGGCGCCGCUGACGGUGAGCGCGCAGUACCUGAGCGCCACCACCAUCGUGAAGCCCGUGGUGGUGGUGUCGGCGGCCGGCGCCGCGCCGCGCCCGCACCAGCCCUCCUCGUGAGGCCUCCUGCCCGCCUUGCCCGCCUGGUACCUUGACACUACACUCUCGUGCGAACAUGUCAGCGAGUGGUUAGCGCUUGAGCUGUGCUGCAUCAAGCCGAUGUCACACGCUCUCCACAAUCUUCUCUCACGAAUGGCUGCAGUCACGGUAUCCCGUGCGAAUUUUAGAGUGGAACUCUUCUGCUAGUCUGUGCUACCGAUGGCCAGGACUGCCACACACUGCCAAAUAUUCGAGCAAUAAAUCAGUAAUACGUAUACCUCAUUGGUCGGCCACGGGAUGAUCACCGAGCUUUGGAACGCGUUGUAAGUACAGUGUCAGUACAUCUACCUCACCUGGAUGUGACCAUGAACCAUUCCUUGUGAAACAUAACACGGGUGGACGGAGGCACGUCGACAGUGACGUCCGUAUCACACUACGAGUUGUAAUGCUGUGUGCGAAAGAGAUGAGUAGCCGCCGAUGUGUGUCAGAGCGCGGACCGUGCGUCUUAUGUUAAGAGCGCGCGAAUGUAUAAAAUGUAUUUAUGCGAUGCCUGCUAUACUAUAGUGGUCGUUAGUUCAGAGACGGUGAUAGCAAAGUGACAAAUAGUGAUGGACAAUAGUGGAUACCGGCAACACAAUGAUCCGCGGCAUAUUUUUCUACUAGUUAAAGUUUUCACAUUGUGAUCGAAUUGAACAAUAACUUGAAUGGAUGUAAAAAUUAUUUAUUAACUUUUAUUUAUUGUUUAAAGUCAAUAUAAGAAGCAAGUUUGUGUAGAAUCGAGAUAUGAAAUGGAGCGGAUGCCUUCGAGAAAGUGCACGUUUUAUAUAAUUUAGCUUAGCGAAAUGCGUCCAUGUGUUGUUAAUCAUGUCUUAUUACGUAUACAUAUAGGAAUAUAUUUACUGUACGUUCUGGGUGUCGGAGCGCUGCGCUUAUCACGUCAUGUCAACAACCCCAGGCUAUACGAUGGUGAGUCAAUCUGGUUCAAUAUACGAUAUAAAGAUUCCCUCUUUGUGAAAUAUAGAAUUAGGCUAAAGUGUACUUGUUAUGUAUAGAACUAACAGGAAUAAAGUUUAUUUUUUCUAUAUCUGUGAUGUGUGCAGUUAGGUACUGUAGUUAUGAAACUCUGUACAAAGACCUCUUUAGGUGUUGUCAAUUUCUAACAGUUGUGUAUAAUGUCAAUAAUGGACAUAUUGGAAUUAAUUAGCUAAUAAAUAAAUAUGUGGCUUAUAUUUGUCGCGUAAUGCAAUAUGUACUUUAACACCUUUUGUGAUAAAACUGGGCAUUGCACCCGGGGACCUGCAGUCCAGACCAACUUGUGGAACACUUAGGUUAUCGUGCUGUCCUGCUCAAACGUUUUAAUUUACAGUACCGUGUGAUGAAAUAGCACUAUUUGUUACUUCAUUUUAGUUUAUUUAGGUGUGCGACUAUUGGAGCUCUUGUAUAUUAUGUGUUCCUGGUACCUGGACGAGGGUCUCCCAGGGUUGCGCGGGCCUCGCGGCCGUCCUCACAGUGUGCCUACUAACUGAUGUAAGGGAGAAUUGUUAUAGUAAAUUGUCGAGUCGCAAAGUGAACUUAUAAGUCUGUUCUACUCAAUGUUAUGUACUAAAUUCAACCCUUUGUUACUACAGAUAAUGUUGACAGCUAGAGACAUUCGCGGUCUCAAUAUCUUGCAGAACCAUCGAAGUUCCAGCUUUCCAUGGCAGACUUAAAAUAAAAUAAAAAAAUAAUAAUAAUUGCAAUAUUUAGUUUUAAAAAUACAUUAAUUGGUAAAUUCGACAUAAGUUUUAAUAUUAAGACGUAUUGAGAUCGCGAAUAGCAUACAAUUGUUACUGUAUACAAUGUUUACUUUUACUAAAGGGAUAAAAUAAGAGUCGAUGGUUGGUGGUAGAUGGUUCACGAUUAUCCUUGACCUGUGCCAACAUUAGCUGUUAUUGUUAAACAACUGUAGAUGCAGUUUAUUUAUUUAUUGUCACUAGGACAGCAUAAUAUGUUAAAAGAUUGACGAGGGCGUAAUUAGGGAAAGAGUGUAAUACAUAUUCUGCUUUUAAACUGUGCAGUUUCGAAUCUGUUAUUUUAAUUUAUGAAUGCCUAUUAAACUUUAGCGUUCAUAUUUAUAAAAAGCAUUUAAUUUUUCAAACUUUUUUGUCGACGAGGUUAUUUACGCCCCUAAGAUAAAAUGUAAGUUAUAAGAAACUGUUUUUUUAAAUACAUACUUGUUAUCACGAAUCGAGCUUUAAAAACCCAAUUACUUAUAGUGCAAUAUCAAAAUUUGCUAAUUGAGAUAUUUUUGCAUGGACAAUUUUAUUUCUUGACUGUACAUGUCAACCUUUGGAAAUACUUAACAAAAACUGGGCCAAUUCUUUUAAUCUGUAGUUAUAAAAAAAUAAGAUCUUUCUUUAAACUAAAUUAACGAUACAUGUAAGAAUAACGCAAUAUCCUUAUCGAUUAAAACUUUAAACAAAAUUCUAUUGUUCUUUACCUAUCUAUUACAUAAUAUUGGAAAAGAGGGCAAUAGGUGUAAAUUCUUAUAUUGACAAUAUGAUAAAGGAGAUAUAAUAUUUUAAAACCAUUUCGAAAAUUGAUUGGCUGUGAUGUCUUUACCCUCAAUAUGUUUCGGACAGUUUUCGCUAGUCUUGGCAUAAACAUUAUUCAUAAUACUGUAAGCUCUAUAAAACGAUAUCUCGUGAUUUGUUAUCUGUUCUCUAUCUCGCGUAUGCCUUUCAAGCGCCAUCUAUGUCGCUCAACUGUAAACCAGGGCCCGCUCCUAUGUAGAUUCUAUUUUUAAAAUAUUAAAAAAAAAACAGUAUUUUUUUCUAAUGCUUUUUGAUAUGCGAGAAGUUUUGUCACUUUGCCUAAGAAUAGGUGAAAUAAAAAAUGUAUAAAUAAUAUAAAUAAAGAGAGAAAAAUAUUUUAAUUUUAAAAAUAUUGUGAAGCGAUAAUGCUCAUGUAAAUAAAGAAGUAGUGUAUAAAACUAAUAUGUUAGAAAUACACAGGAAAUUACAUAUAAAA